AUGGGUGUAAACACCUCGACUACACCUGGAAAGGCCCCCGAAAGCCCCGGCGCCCAGAUGGCAAGUACAUAUGGCCUCAAGAACCCCCGUCCUUUCCCAAGCAACACACGGGCUUCUGGAGAGGCGAGUGUUGUGUUCGAGGCACAGGGCAGAUUCUACAUCUGGAAUCAGAUUCAGGAUGAGGUGUGGGGUGUCGAGGAUCCUACUACGGAGGAGGGGAUUGUGAAGUAG